UUUUUUUUUUUCCUUUUUCUUUCUUUCUUUCUUUCUUUCUUUCUUUCUUUCUUUCUUUCUUUCUUUCUUUUUUUUUUUUUCCUUUUGAAUUUUGUUGACCUCCUUUCUCGAGGGCUGUUGGAGGGAAGGUGCUUACUGUGAACUGUUUUCCAGAGGCAUUGAACUGCUGAGCGGCUGGCUGGAGAGGGAGAGAGGAAUGGAAGGUUUAAUUUCACAAAUGGUAGGCUUCUGUUUGUGAUACUUUUACAUGUUUGUAGACAGUGUAGACAGCUUUCUUUCCGCCUGUUGACCCACAGUUAAAGGGAAGGGACUGAAUGGAAAGCACAGAUUCCUAAAACCAGAUAUGAAAUUAAUAGUGCGCAUUGUACCAAGAGUUAAGUAGGACUUGAAGCCUGAAGUUUAAAAUGCACUAUUGGCCAUUUCCUUUUAAGGCGAUAUUACUGGCGCCUCCUUCUAACCUGGGUGUGGUCCGCAGGGCUGGAUAAAAUUCCUGAGUGGAGAGGUCAGAGCCUGGGGCUGGCUCCACCUAGCACUGGCCUGCUGUGGUGUGGGUGCUUAAGUGGAAGCCCAGGAAGGGACGCAGGGAAUGUGCCCGGGCUGAGGGCGUGGAUCUAACUGGAGGGCCGCACUGCAAGCUUCGAAGGGGGCAGAGGCAAGGACAGGACGCCCUCAUCCCCAUUCCUGGCCAGAACUGCGGAGUCUGGGUGUCAGGAUUGGGAGAGGGGCCAGAGGAUGGGUAGUGGAGAGAGAGGGCAGUAGGACCCGGAGGGAAGCUUCCUUACCCGGGGAGGGAACCAGGCGGGAGGAAAGGAGGGGCGGGGGAGAGAGAAAAGGGGAAGGUGAUGGGAGCGGGCGCCCGCACUCGCCGAGCAGCAAGAGUUGCAAGGCUAGGGCAGCCCGGACCUGGACUCUAUAAAAGGAGUCCAUCUGCUGUGCCGCUCACACGCUCCUCCGGGACUGGCGCACGCUGCGUUCGUCCAGCUCCCUAAGACACCUGCCCCUUACCCGCGUGCCGCGCCAGGUCCCCCAGACCCGUGCACCCAGCAGCAUGGCUCCAAGCGGUGCCAGUGGGUCCGAGGUGAUGGUGGCAGUGGCGGCGCGUUGCGGGCAGCCGCAGCCACAGCCCCAGCCCCCGAGUCCCCCUUCUUGCGGCCCCGUCUCCGCGGGGCAGCUAGCCGGAGUGGCCAGCGCGUGAAAAGAAGGGAGGGCAGAGCUCCGGAGCGAGGCGCGGCGCAGCGCGGCUCCCAGACUUCACCCCACCCAGCUCUGGCGGCCAAAGCAGCCGCAGGAAACUGCCCGAGUCUGGGGAGGGGGCGGGAAUGCAAGACCAGGACUCCUGGCUGGCCUGCCAGCUUCGGUCUCAACAGCCAGGAAACUCUUGCGGGCCGAUUCUGCAGAUCAAGGAGCGCCUGGGUUAGGAGACUCAGCCCGGAGCAACUGGGGUAAGAGACCCCACCUGGCUGAUGCUCCCUUCUCAAACAAUACAUCACCCUCCGCUACUAGACGCCUUGAGUAGGAUCCGGAGUGGAGCUGGGCUUGGUGGGCCAGUCCUUAGCAACCCAGGGCUAAGACGGGGAGUGGAGAGGAGCAGGCAGAGCCGCGGCGGCAGCGCCCGGCGCACUGGAAGUGCAGAAGACGCGCUCGUCUGCCUAGGCUGCCGCGCCCUUGACCUCCAGUUUCAGCUGGGAAUCUGGGUGGAGGAAUAAUUGAGAAUCCCACGGCACUGACUAGCAAUCGAGAGACAAGACUGUGGUCUCCUCCGCGGUCCUUCCGCCCUUUCCCUCGUUCGCUCCAUGCCCAAGAGCUGCGCUCCAGAGCCGUGUAGAGGAGAGACAUGGAAGAAACCAACACUCAUUGCGCCCCACCGCCGCCCGCGGGCUCCCAGACCGGGGUUUCUCAAGCCAACCUCUCCUCCGCUCCCCCCAAUUGCAGCACCGAGGGCUAUAUUUACCAGGACUCCAUCGCCCUGCCCUGGAAAGUACUCCUGAUCCUGGUGCUGGCGCUCUUCACCUUGGCCACCACGCUCUCCAAUGCUUUUGUGAUUGCCACUGUGUACCGGACCCGGAAGCUGCACACCCCAGCCAACUACCUGAUCGCCUCCCUGGCGGUAACCGACCUGCUCGUAUCCAUCCUGGUGAUGCCCAUCAGCACCAUGUACACGGUCACCGGCCGCUGGACGCUGGGCCAGGUGGUCUGCGACUUCUGGCUGUCGUCGGACAUCACCUGUUGCACAGCUUCCAUCCUGCACCUCUGUGUCAUCGCCCUGGACCGCUACUGGGCCAUCACGGACGCUGUGGAGUACUCCGCUAAAAGGACUCCCAAGAGGGCCGCGGUCAUGAUCGCGCUGGUGUGGGUCUUCUCCAUCUCCAUCUCGCUGCCGCCCUUCUUCUGGCGUCAAGCCAAAGCCGAGGAGGAGGUGUCGGACUGCAGGGUGAACACCGACCACAUGCUCUACACAGUUUACUCCACGGUGGGCGCUUUCUACUUCCCCACCCUGCUCCUCAUCGCCCUCUACGGCCGCAUCUAUGUGGAAGCCCGCUCCCGGAUUUUGAAACAGACGCCCAACAGGACCGGCAAGCGCCUGACCCGAGCCCAGCUGAUAACCGACUCCCCCGGGUCCACGUCCUCGGUCACCUCCGUUAACUCCCGGGCUCCUGAUGUGCCCAGCGAAUCCGGGUCCCCUGUGUACGUGAACCAAGUCAAAGUGCGAGUCUCUGACGCCCUGCUAGAGAAGAAGAAGCUCAUGGCCGCUAGGGAGCGCAAAGCCACUAAGACCCUGGGGAUCAUUUUGGGAGCCUUUAUUGUGUGUUGGCUGCCCUUCUUCAUCAUCUCCCUGGUGAUGCCUAUUUGCAAGGAUGCCUGCUGGUUCCACCUGGCCAUCUUUGACUUCUUCACGUGGCUGGGCUAUCUCAACUCCCUUAUCAACCCCAUCAUCUAUACCAUGUCCAAUGAGGACUUCAAACAAGCGUUCCAUAAACUGAUACGCUUUAAGUGCACAGGUUGACUUGUCAGUUGCAGUGGGGUAGCCUAAGCGGCCCUUGGGGACCAUGUUGUGUCUGGUUCCACAGGUAGGUCCACUCUUCUUUCACUGUUACUGGGUCAGAUUGAGGCUCUGUCUUCUGGGCAAGGGCAAUGGAUCCUGAGAAGCCAGGACAGCCCUGAGAGAGAGAGAGAGAGAGAGCGAGCAAGCGAGCGAGCUCUGAGAGGAGAACUGUUCAAACUAAAGGUAGAGCUUCCCUGCGGAGGAGGAAGCUCACUUCCUCCCCUCACACCCCAGGUCCAGCACUGACCCUGCAGCAGCCAAUCAUAAGGGAGGGUUGUAACUUUAAAAAUCAAUGAUGGAAGGGGGAUCUUUGCCCUGCUUUGGUACCAUGGAUCAUGCCCUCCCUCUAGAACCGGUGGUACUUGUAGUUGUCUGAAUCCUGUCUGAGACAGAUCUACAUACAGCCUGGCAGUACUUGAACUAGAAGCCUGAUACCCUUUGUUUUGGGGAGAACUUUGUGUUUCAGCUUCAUUUAAGAAGAGUUACUUUGGCAUCUUUCAGUCUUCACUUUCUGUUUAUUUAAACUUGGUUGGAGAAACUUGUGGAUUUGGUGCUUCAAACCUUAUGUGUGGCUUGGAUGAUGCAGAGAAACUUGAAGAGUUUAACAGCAAAAUUCUGAUGUUAAGAUCUCUAUUUUUAUUAUAAUUGAAACUAUAUGGGGUGGGUGGGGAUGGGAGAUGGGACGGAUUAAACUGAGAACCAACACCUAUGGUUGUUUGUUUUCUGCAGAUCUGUAAUUUUUUUUUUAAUUCCUAUUUAGUGAUUGUCAAACCACACUAACAACUCAAACAAAGCAUUACGUGUGCUAGUGCCAAAGUCUGCAGAUUGCUUUAUUUUCCUCCUAAUUUCAUGUACUUGUCAUUUUACACAUUUAAAUCCUCAUAAAUGAAGAAUACAAUGGGUGAUUCAGCCCAAGCUGCUGCUAUAUUUCUUAUUAAUGCAGUCGAUUAAACUGAUGGCUAUUAGAUAUAUACUGCUCCUUAACAAGAAAGGUAUGUUUAUUCCUUAACCAAUCCAGUGAGAUGUGAAGGAGACUGAUAAAAUAAAAAUGGUUCUUCUACAAUUAAGGAAUGGGGGGGGGGGCAAUGGGAGGAUGUAUAUUUUGACUUGUAAAAAAUCUUAAAUGCAUGAGACUUUUUUCUGAUAGUCAUUUACAUUCUCCUUCCCAUCUGUAAUUCCUUUGUGUGCCCAUAUAUAAAGUAAGAGAACCACCUCCUUUUUCCAAAAAUCUUCAAAAUGCAGUAAGAAAGAACCCAAAAUCUAUGUUAAAGGAAAAAAAAAAAAAAACCAAAAACUUGUUUUCCCUUGUUACUGAAGUUUGGUUGGGAACAAAGAUUACUAGAAAAUGACAUGCAAGGACUUUAGAAAAGCUGAGAGAUGUUAACAUGGAGCCUGUUUUUUUUCCUAUAACUCAUGGAACCAAACCUCAGAUUUACUAGGCAAUCAGGAAAAUGACAAGCUUUUGAACCUUGGGAAUUUGUCACCGACCUGAUACCUCAAUGAAUAUAUUAUCAGUAAUACUUUAUAUUUAUAUGUCUUUUCAAAUUUCAAUAAUGCUUAGUUGUGAUACCAAAUUCACUCUGAGGCCUCUCCAACACAGGGCAAGAUUACACAACAAAAGAUGAAAAAUGCAUUAUCUAAAUAAAAAGGAGUAGCCCUGAAGGAUCAUCUGCACAGAAAACAAAACAUGUAUGUGGAGCAUUUUGUAUGCCAAAGAAGAUUUACACUCCAUUCUUCAGAGAGCUUUCUGCAGUGUGAUACCUUUUGUCUGCAGAAGCAAGUUGUCUUUGUAAAAUGGAUUCCCUCCCUGCUUGAAGCUCCCCAGUCCAGACUCUCAGACAAUAGAUGUAUUGAGCUGAAGUACACUGCUUUCCUACUGUGCAGAUCUUCACUCUGGGGUAAUGACUCUUGAAAAUACACUAUUCAAAAGUUCACACAUAAACUAAGUAAAAAGGGGAAUUUUGAUCAACAUUUACACCUGCCGCUGGAGUAAAAUAAAAUUUGAGGCAUUGGAUAAUCCCUAUGUUUCUGUUAUAUCCCCCAGGUUUUUGUUUGUUUGUUUUGUGACAUUUCUCCUAUGGAGAAAUCUAGCUUACUAUUGAUUGGAAUGUGCAUACAGCACAGUAUUUGUGUUUAUGUUAUUAAUAUGUUUGUCUUUUGUCUAUGCAGCUGUGUUUUCUUUGGGCCUAAGAAACAAUUAAGCCAACUUCUAGGAGCCUGAGGGGGAAAAUUAAUUGAAAUAAAUAAAUAAAUUGAAACUUGCAAAUGAGUUCUUUCUAGGGAACCUACAAUGAUUGUGUCCUCAUAUUAACAAAACAUGGUCAAUUUAGUCACAUGGGCUGUUUGCCAUUUGUAGAUUACCCACUUACAGUUUUGCUUCAUUAUUUGGCUGAAUUGACUGAAUUUGGGGCAUAUUGUGUGCAGUAGAAGCUUGCAAACCCUUGUAGUUAUACGAGAUCUAGACUCAUCAUCCAGCAUCGCAUAUGAUAAUGCAAAGUGUAUCAUUCAUCCCAGGGAUAUGUAGUUAACGACUGUUACGCUCCUUCUCAGUUACUGCUGCCUAUAGCAUUGUUUGUUCAUCAACUAGACAUAUGGAUUUUUUGCAGAACAUAAAAUGGGAGAUGGAAAUGUUCAACUUGUAUAGAAAUGAAAAUACAUCUUCAUUGGCUGUGGUAACAAAUAACAUUUGCCAUAUUGUUUAAUUGCACAAAGAUUCACACAAAUAUAUGAAUGUAUACUCAUUCAAAAAUACCAAUGUUGUCUUGUGUUUCUAGCAAUUUUAGAGUUUCCUUUAAAAAAAAAUGGACACGGUACCCAUGAAUAAUGGUUAUUGAGUUCAACAAAUUUCCUACAGAACAAUAUUCUUCACUUUUCCUAUUAUCUUAGUUUUAUCUUCUUUAACCAGGAAACCCUGUGAGGACUAUAAUUCAUGCAAGCAGUAAAAUCUCAGAUUAUGUGUAUUUGAUGGAGUUGCUGUAACUAAAAAUUGCCUUUGGUAUUCCACCUUUCAACAAAUGUGUAAUUGGAAAUGAAAUUUCGGAGAAUAAUGAAAUAAAGUCCUUUUCGUGCUCAAAAAA